CACUCUUCCAAUCGCCCGAGAGAUAAAAAAAAAUUGUCACCGCACCAUCGCAUUCGCGUCGCAUCCGCAUCCGCAUCGAAUCCAUUUCGUUUUCUGUUUUCUUUUGCCUUUUUUUCCCUGGCGAUUUAUGCCAUCACAUCUGGCGCUGCUGUCGUGCCUGCUGGUGCUGCUCCUCUCGCUCGACAAGUUCCUCCUCCACUACCUCAAGAAGCGCCUCUUCUCCGGGCCAAGAAUCCCGAGCGGCGGCACCUCCAAAUCGCGGAGGCCCAUGGCGGCCGCCGCCAAGUGGAGCGAGACGGCCAUGCUCGUCAUCGACAUGCAGAAAGACUUCGUGGACCCGGCGAUGCGCAGCCCCAUGCUGGUGGCCGGCGGCGAGGCCGUCGUCCCCGCCGUCGCCGAGGCCGUUGCCGUUGCGAGGGAGCGCGGCAUCUUCCUCGUCUGGGUCGUCAGAGAGCAUGACCCUUCUGGAAGGGAUGUUGAACUUUUCCGCAGGCACCACUAUUCUGGGGGAAAGGGUCCAACAGUGAAAGGUUUGAAAGGUGCAGAGCUGGCUGAUGGGCUUGUUAUCAAGGAAGGGGAAUAUAAGUUGGUGAAGACAAGAUUCAGUGCUUUUUUUGCGACACACCUUGAUUCUGUCCUCAAAACUGCCGGAAUAAAGAACUUGGUUAUUGUUGGAGUCCAAACACCAAAUUGCAUUAGGCAGACUGUCUUUGAUGCUGUAGCAUUGGACUAUGAGAAAAUAACGGUUCUUAUUGAUGCAACAGCUGCUGCAAGGCCAGAAAUCCAUUUGUCAAAUAUCAGGGAUAUGAAGAACAUCGGAGUGGAAACGCCGACCCUGGAUGAAUGGCGCCGGUAGGUUCAGUGGCACUUCACUCCAUCUCUCGGCACCAAAUUACCAGAGAGACAAGACAUCCCUGGUGUAUUCGAUGCGACACCUACAUCUUCUAUUUUUUUGGUUUUCGAUUCCAUUUUCGUCUGACUGUGUAGUUGUACUGUAGUGUUACUUUGUCAGGCAAGAACAAUGCCAGAUGCUGCCAUGUACGCAAACUUCUAAUCCCUGUUGUAUAGAUAAAGAGUUCACUAUGCCAUUGUUGUCGAUGACUAUUUAAUCUGUGCGAAACAGAGGUGAUGGAACAGGCAGGCUGUUACUUUCCA